AUGAGCGUGGCGCUGUUGCGAAAUGCCAGCAACGGCGGCAGAGCGGCGGUGGAGGGCUGGAGAGGGGCUAUCUGGGCUCGACAAGGUGGAAGCGUCCAGACGAGGGAGUGGAAACGGCGAGGCGGGAAGGAGCGAGCCUAUCGCAUGACGACAAUGAAGCUCGAGGUUGCGACGGCGCGCGAUGGCGUGGAUGACAGCCAAGAACGCAGACGAGAGACGCGUCUCGACUGGACGUGGAUAGCAUUUUUUGCUUCCGACGUGUUCCCGGUUGACGACGUAACAGUACUCAUCAGGCCAAAUAAUCAUCUCGCACGAAUGAAGCGGGGCACCCGAUGUAACCACAGCUCCGUGCCGGCAGCACUAAACAUACGCAUCCCGUGCAGCAACUUCCGAUGCGACAAGUGUUUCUGUCUGGGGUAA